CCAGUCUCCUUCACUUCCUCUCCUUGUGUCUGUGUCUGUGUGUGAUUUCCACAACAUUUGAAGAUAAGUUAGCUUUGAAGUAAAAUGUAAGAAAAGUUUUAAGGUGGAGUUUCCAGUGCAUGCAAUGUAGCACAAAUGAACACCCUCAACAUAAAGCUAUUAAUGUUUAAUGAAACCCAAACCUCUCUCCAGCAUUUCAAGAAAACAAGAUCAAAAACAAAACAGAAGAAGUGUGUAGCUAAAACAAAAUGUCAGAUGGAUUUUAUACAGGGCCACCAUGCCCUGCCUGGCUCAGGUUAUUUUUUACAAAUUUGCAAAUCAGCAGUUGUCAAGUACAACACAGCCACUUCAUGUGGGAGAAUGUAGAGUACUGCUUCGUGCCUGUCUUCUAGGAGAUAAUAAGCUUAAAAACAGGAACUAGAUGGAGUUGGAGAGAUGGCUCAGCAGUUAAGACCAUGUGCUGCUCUCACAGAGGACACAAGUUCAUUUCCCAGAACCCAGUGACAGCUUACAACUGCCUAAGACUCCAGUUCCAAGCAACUCAAAACUCUCCUUCUAUACAGGGGCCUGAGCGUACCAGGUGAGCAUGUGGUUCCCAUACUUGAAGCAAGCAAAUACUCACAACAAAUAAAAAAAACAUAUAAUUUCCUUUUGCUCCAGGCCAGAAAAAAAAAGGAAAAUAAAUGAAAUAUUUUAUAGCCAAGAGUCAUGCUUACUGUCUUUCAAAAUCUUAGUUUAUCUUGUGAUAGUCAUGUUCAAUAUACCAUUGAGAUUUUUCCUUAAAAAACACUAAUUUAAUAUUUGUGCUUCUGCUUUUAAAUUUUAUAAACUUACAGUUCUGUUCAGGUUUGUAUCAACUAAACUUUAGCUUUAUGUUAUAGCUUGAUCUCAUAUCAAUCCUUCUGUCUAACAAAGAGAAUUUACAUAUCAUAUGACAAAUGCCAGUUUGCUCACCUCCCCUAAGCUCUGUCAAUUUGGAUUCAAGUACUGCAUCAAUGAUAUUGAGAACCUAAGUUUCUUGCCAUCCUCAUUUUUGGUACUUGAUUUUACAAGUUAAAUCCCAAUUUGCUGCCUAGAAGAUAUAUGAUUAAGCUUAUAUUUCCAAAUUUAAAAUUAGUACUGUGCCACUUUCUUUUGAUUCUUAUUUACCCAAGUCUCCUUUUCUAUCCUUUCUUUUGAGAAUGUAAAUAACCUUCCAAGGUAAAUGUCUUCUCUUGAUAUUAUGCUGUGAGCAAUUAGUUUAUUAGACUACACCUAGGAACAAUCUUUCUUUUAGUGUUUGUAAAUUUAAGCCGCUUACAUUUAUUUGUACAUUUAUCAUUUAUACUUUAAUGCUCUUGUGUUUCUACCACUCUCAUAUUCCUUCUGCAAAUUAAUUAGAUAGCUGUAAAUUUUUAUUCUGUUAAGAACUUACUUAAAAGCAUACUUCAUUUGCUACUUGAUAAAACAAAAGUUUUGAAUAUACAAAGACUUGAAAGCUGGAAAUUUUUAGGAGUAUGUUCCUAUAAACUUGUACCAGUUUCCAAUCAUAACUAAACAUAAGGGUUUUAUUUUUUUCUGUGUAUCUUCAUAAUAAAAUACAAACUAUAUACCAGCCAUUUUCUUUUAACAUCAUUAAUGUCUUUAAUAGUUUUAUCAGAAAUACUAUGGAUAUUAUUAUCACUUGAGAAUGGGUCUCCUAUCUUCAGUACAUUUUUAGUGAAUAGUUACUGUGCAUUUAAUCUGAAAAAAAAUAGGAGUCAGAAACAAUACACAAUGACAAGACUUAACAUAGAGAGCUUGAAACAGCAAAGCUAUUGUCACAAAGUGCCAGGUUUUGGAUAAUUCAUCAAAAGGAACAUAUUUACUCUAAAGGGAGCUGGUUUUUUGCUUUUGUUUUUGUUUUUUAAAGCAUGUUUUAAACUGUAAAAGGGAAAUUCAGGAAGAUUUGGGGAAUUUUAUUAAACCCCUUUCUAUACAACUAACUCUUCUGUAUUCUUUCACAUUGAAAUUUAGCCAUCCUGAGUGAUGCGUGGGACUUGCUGGCCUAAUCUAUCUUCUUAGCUUCAGGGUUCUGUUAUCAGUGGGACCUACCUUGGUUUGGAUUACAUGAGUAAGCAAAAUGGAGGUGAAGGUGGCAUCAUCAUCAAUAUGUCUUCAAUAGCAGGGCUCAUGCCUGUUGCACAGCAACCUGUUUAUUGUGCUUCAAAGCAUGGCAUAAUCGGAUUCACACGCUCAGCAGCGAUGGCUGCUAACCUCAUGAAGAGCGGUGUAAGACUGAAUGCCAUUUGUCCAGGCUUUGUGAACACACCCAUUCUUGAAUCCAUUGAAAAAGAAGAAAAUAUGGGCCAAUAUAUAGAAUAUAAGGACCAUAUCAAGGCUAUGAUGAAAUUCUAUGGAAUUUUGGACCCAUCAACCAUUGCCAAUGGAUUAAUAAACCUCAUUGAAGAUGAUGCUCUCAAUGGUGCCAUUAUGAAGAUCACGGCAUCGAAAGGAAUUCAUUUUCAAGAUUAUGACAUCUCUCCAUCCUUUGUAAAAGCUCCAUGAACCUCCCAAGCAUCAGCCAUAGCUGAAAAUAAGCACAAGUGACUCACUCAGACUGCAUCUUUACUAAUCUAGUGUUGUCAAUGAAAUGCCAUAUGAUGAAACCUACCUUCAUGUAUCUGAUGUUAAUAUUUUUCUAAGUGAUUAGUUGUAUGGUUAAAGAUGUUUGAUAAGCUAACAGAAAUGCAGUGCAAACCAAAACUGGGUUGUAACCUAUAUAAUCUUAAAGACAAAACAAAGGAUAUUCAAGAGAUAUUCUGCCUUUCAGAAAACAUAUUUAUAACAGUGCCUCAUAAAUAUUAAUGGUUCUCAGAAAGUCAUCUUAAAGGAGAUACUUGAAUUGUUAUUUAAGUCAAAGCAGAUUUUAAAUGAUUCACUUUGUAUGUUUGCACUUCAAAAGGGGGAAGCUUCUUUUCAAUGGAAAUAUUUAGUAAUAAAAGCUUGUACAUGAUCUGCAAGCUAAACUUUCCAACUCUUUGAAGUAGUGUUGUAUUUGUGGGUCGGUGUUAGGGAAUGAGUUCCAGUGUGGCCGUGUCCCAAUGACAAGUCUGACAUAUGGGAAUAUGAUGCUGUUACUAACACUGAAAAUUCACAGUUCAGCCCCAAAUAAGGAAGAUGAUUUAUUUUUCCUUUCUAAUUUAAAAUUCAUAAUGGAUUCCAAAACCCUCAGGAAUGAAACUUUUAAAAGUCAUAGCAAAAGGAGUAGGUGUAAAUUUUUAUAUAUAUUGUACAUGCUUAUUAUGAAAUGAUGCAAAUGUAUUUUCCAGAUUAUUUCUUUGUUGGUUUGUACCAAUUUCAAAAGUGCCUAUCUUUCAAUAAAACUCUUGUAUUCUAAUUCA